AUGGCUUAUUUCCCUAACACCACCUUAUACUGCCAGAAGAUCAAAAUGCUGGCGGAUCAAUUGACCAAUGUUGGUGCUCCGGUGUCCAAUCACCGUCUUGUUCUCCGUUUGGUAGCAGGACUUACAGAGGCGUAUCCAAACGUGGCUUCUCAAAUCCAACACAAAGACCCUCUUCCCUUGUUUACUACGGCUUGUUUAAUGCUCAGACUUGAGGAAUCCACCAUGGCCGUAAGUGCAACUCUUGAGGGUGCGGCGAUGGUGGUUGCCGAUUAUUCUUGUGCCAGUCACAAUCACCAUAACCACCAUCAUGGAAAUAGGGGAGGCGAAGGUCGUGGCGGUGGCCGAGGAAACACCGACAACCAUGGUGGUGGCCGUGGUAGAGGUGACGCCCGCGGACAGAAUCAGCAGCAACAGCAGUCGGUAUGGGUAUACCAUCCACAACAUUGGAAGCCUUGGAUGCAUCCAUGGGAAGAACCUCCAUGA